CAAUUUUUCUAGCUAGGCGCGCGUUGUUAUGAGAUAUCGUCAUACUAGAUCACGGUGCAUGUUGUACAUGUGUUCCACGACUCCUUGAAGUGAGUUUCAGACAUCGAUUGUGAUCCGAAUAUCCGUGACAAUUGAAAGAUGACGAGAGAGUGAGUCAAGGUAGUUGAUAUACGAGUCCUUGGAUGAUCAUAAUAACGUUCGUCCAUGCUUCACCAGGACCAGCACCGGCUUGAUGAAAAAUGCUUCCCCUAUUGUUGUUCAUGUUCUCAAUCAUCUCUUCAAGAUAUGACCACAAGACCAUGGAUCUUCUGGAUCAUUAAAGCGUCAAAAUCGGUGCUGCGGUAGUCGCGCAGUCGACAACCAUUUUCGAUCGUUCUUGAUGAUCUUCCCUGUUAAUACAGAGAUUCAUCUUGUUUGCGCAAGCAAAAGAGGAAACCCCUCAUCGACUUGUUCAUAUCGUGAUCAACGUUGAAUACGACUACUACGACUCAUCUUCAUAAUUUCAUUCACCAUCGUGCUACCACUCGGUCUAUCUCCCUGGUUGAUGAUAACAUUAAGCAGCACUGAAGUUGAAAUCUUCGUCCACUUUUCAUCUUCAUCAUCUUCUAGUAUGUAAGUAACUACAUAUGACUAUAAAGGUGAACGAAAACGCGCGACGUUCGACUAUCGGCGAAAUCAACAUCGUAUCCCUAUUCGGACUGAUAUCACAUCACUUCGUACUCCUUCCAAGACAUUAGAUGUGGAAGCGCUUGAUAUUCUAUAGUACUAAUCGUUGGACUAGUACUUACAGGAUGGAGCGAAUACGAAAUUAGCGAAUGAGUAAGUGACCGUGAUUAUAGUACUAUGUGAAAGUGGUAGCCAACGUCCAAAUUACAGCGGCUCCUUCAUCGAAUGAGUUUAUAGCUCCAACAAAAAUUUUCCGAUGAGUUCCUAAUUUUUUUUCUAAGUACGGUAAUAUCUAGCGACUUUUCCGAAAAUGGGUUUCGGCGACAAAUCAAAAAAAGAGAAAGCCGCGGAGGCGGCAGAAUUUGCUGCCUCGAAAAAAGCAAAAGCCGAGGAGGAUGUACCACUACCAAUAUAAUUCCCUUUUUUGAUCGUCGAUGAAUCAAAAAAAUAUAAUUUAUGCACUAGGUUGUAGUUGAUAGACAUAGAUGAGAAAGAUCUGGCUUCGACUACCUAUGUCAAAACCAAAAGCAACAACUUCUUAUGUGUACGAAUUAUUACGUUUACAUACGAGCAUCUUAGUACGCAUCAACAUUCAUUUUGAAGAGGAGACGAUCUUCUCAGACAGUCUAGCUCCUUCAACUACUUACAUAAAUUUCUUAGAAGUCGUCAGGCAAAUCUUAGGCAGAUUGCCGAAUACAUCCGCAUCGUCGUCAAUUUCUUAGGCUUCUUGGGAGGAGAGAGAUAAGGGAGCCAAGAAGAAGCUUGACCGGGCAGCCGCACAAGAGGAAAAACAGGCCGAGGCAGAGAGAAAACGACAAGAAAAGAAGGAGCUUGAAGCUGCAGAAGCGGCGGAGACAGGCGCAAUUGUGGACAAGGUGCAGGCAAAAAAGGCGAAGCAGGCAUCUGGAAAGCUAACGCAAGCACAGAUUCAAGCGAAUAUGGCUCUUCUUGCUGCGGCGUCUAGUCAGGUACUGUAUAAAAGCACCCAUAAUUAUCGAGUUCGAGCUGAAGAUAAAACACUAAGGCCAUUCUUGAUCGACGGAAACGAAUCUUGAUUUCAACAAGGUAUCUAUGUUUUCUACAUGUUGUAUGAGCAGUGAGAUCAAUCAAUUAUAUGUUUGAAUUUGUGUUUGUCGACGUUCUUGCGCAUCAACUGACUCCCAGGGCGCUCAGAAGAAGACGAAAAAAACAAUGACAGUGGAUGCGCCAGAGAUUAUGCCGAACCCGAACAGAGAUCCUAACGACAUCUCUGCGUCGAGCGUUGACGACGCCUUGAAGAAACUGUCUCUGGAGCCGCCACCUAAGAUGACAUACAAAAUGUUCGAAAGUGAAAUGCUCGACAAGGUACUUACUACGACAAUGUUGAUUGUAAUUGAUGAUAUGCUUGAAGAUUGAUUCUUGGGACAAUCUUGUCCUUGGAUGUGGUUUCAAUUCAACUACUUAUGCUUCUUGUUUUUUGGUUAAUAUCUUCCGCUGAGCUUUUCUUGAUCAUCAGACCCAGCAGAUUUUCAGUCUAUCAUUUAUGAUGUGUACCUCAAUCAAAAAAGGUGAAAGCGGAAAACCCGAGUUUGAAGCGAAACCAGCUUACCGACAAGUGUUGGAAACUUUGGGAAAGGUCUCCGGCAAAUCCAAAAAACCAACCAAAGGAGUAACAGCGUUAGCGAAUAACAUUCAGCAGUGUAUGCUUCUUCGUUCUUUCCUGUCACAUGGUUGGAGCGGAACGGUUGAAAACCAAUAGCUCGCAUAAAUUUUCGAAUUCCACAAGCUUUGCGUCAUUCAAGCCUUUUCGCAAGAAUAAGAACGCACAAUAUUGAUCGUGAUUGACAUUGAUUGAUGAACCACAACGACUACAGUUCAUCUCAUCUAUCUCGAAACAAAAUGAGGAUCAUCGUGGUGAAUCAAUGAUUUCUGCUUUCACUUACUACACGUCUAUCUCUACACUAUUUACAUUCAUUAUUUGGCAACAAACCAAGCAUCACCACAUGUCUCGAUGGCACCCGGUUGUGCCACAGGAGAACAUCUCAGCAUUGGAAACUGAUUAUUGAAGAUCAAUCGACCUCUUCCGAACUCGACACUAUUGAUACCAGAAAGAAACGAAGAUUUGACCGCAAUAUAUGACUCAGCAUGUUGUUAGCACAUGAAUAUUGGAUUUUGGGUAUACUCAUGAGAAACAUAGUAACGCUACUCACCUCUUGCUGGAGGUCGGGUGCUCGACAUUAUGCGGGCUGAACGCAGGACCCCACGAUACGACAGAACAAAACAACGCGGACUGCUCUCAAAAGAAC